AUGAACCCUCGUUCGCUGCCAUCAUGUCUCUCUUCCGCUGCUUUCGUAUCGCCAAUCCGUAUCUAUCCUCACAGCCUUGUCGCUUAUAGCAGCCGGCCAGAAUGCCACUGCUCCUCCAGGACGCUUCGCUCGACGCCUGCGGCGCGCCCGUUCCACAGCAGUCGACACCUUCUCCAAGAUGCGACGGCGGGCAGCCAGAACCACUAUGAGACGCUGAAUGUGCCGUUUAGCGCAAACGCGUCCGACAUCAAAAAGUCCUUCUACAAGCUCUCCAAAGCCCACCAUCCCGACCACAACCCCCAAGACCCCCAUGCGCCCCGCCGCUUCAUGCGCAUCUCCGAAGCCUAUGCCGUCCUCAGCCACACCGAAAAGCGCGCCGCCUACGACCGCGACGUGAUGCGCCAACACAGCCACCGUCAUCUCCGCGGCCAGCACCGGCCCAACGCUUCGUACUAUUCGACAGGCCCCGCCGGCGGCCGUCCGGCCUCGGGCCUCAGCCGCCGGCGAAGCGCCUUUCGGGGCCCACCGCCCAGCUUCUACCGCAACACAGGGAGCGGCCAGAACACGGCUCACAAUACAGCAGGACACGCUUCACAGUCGUCACGAACGGGCGGCUCGACGGCCAACGCCGGUCAGGACUACGGCCCCACCGGGUUUGGCCCGGGCAACGUCAACGCCGACGAUGCCGGCACGCGCAGCAACCCCUCGACGCCGCAUUUCAACUGGGACAAGACGGAGCGGACGCACCGCAACAUCAGCGAGCGCGUCGCCGAACGGCGGGCAGCGGCAGCCCAUUCCGCUGCCUACCAUGACGAGACGAGCAUGGUGGUGGGCUUCUUAAUCAUGACAGCGGCGCUGGCCGCCGGGAUUCUCGUGCCAGUAAUAUUGUUCAACGACUGGCGACAAGAGAAGAAGACGUCACCAGCAAAGCCAAAGACAUAG